AUGGGUGACGACAGCGCCUCUAAAGCCACCUCCCGCCUCCACCAACUCUCCCAACAGGUGAAACCAGUUCUACCACCCUCUUCACCAAGCACCGCCACGACCAAGAAGCAGUCCCGCUUCAACUCCGACCUCCCCGCCGACUGGUCCGACGUGCUCUCGGAGCUCGCCAAGGUGCGCGCCCUGGCCGCCACGCCCCGCACCGCCUCAACCGGCUACCAGCGGCACAAAGCCGCCGGCAAGCUGUGGGUGCGCGAGCGCAUCGAACUUCUCCUGGACCCUGGCUCCUUCCGCGAAGUCGGCUCGCUCGCGGGCACCACCGCGUGGGUCACGCCCGCCGACGACGCAUCGCGGGCGCGGCGCGAUCGCGGCGACGUCACGGAGCAGCACCGCCAGGUCGUCGGCGACUUCACGCCCAGCAACAACGUGCAAGGGUUUGGGCGCGUGGGCGGACGGGCCGUGCUGCUCACGGCGGAUGACUUUACGCUGAGGGCGGGGCAUGCGGAUGGCGCGCUCAUGCCCAAGACGGUCUAUAUGGAUAAGCUGAGCGUGCAUUUGCGGCUGCCGAUGGUGAAGUUGGUGGACGGGGCGAGUGGUGGGGGGAGUAUCACGACGUACAAGAGCGAGGGCGGGAGUUAUUUGCCGACGUUGGCGCUGCUGUACUAUGUGGUCAAGGAGCUGGAUCUGGGGAUCCCGCAGUGUGCGGCGGUCGUGGGGCCGGCGGUGGGACUCGGCGCGGCGAGGGCGGCGGUCAGCCAUUUCAGCGUCAUUGCGCGGAGCGUGGGGAGUUUGUUCAAUGCGGGGCCCAAGAUCGUCGAGGGUGCGACGUUUGAGGAGGAUCUGAGCUUUGAGGAUUUGGGUGGGCCGGCGGUGCAUUGCGGGAAUGGGACGAUCGACAAUGUGGCCGAGGAUGAGAAGGGGUGUUACGAACAGAUUGCGAGGUUUUUGUCGUAUGUGCCGAACCAUGGGGGCGUGUUGCCGCCCGUGGUGGAGGCGGAGGAUGAUGGCUACAGACUGUGUCCUGAGCUGAGGACGGUCAUCCCACGGAGGAGGCAACGGUCGUAUAGGAUACGCGACAUCAUUGAGCCGUUGGUGGACAAGGGCUCUUUCUUCGAGAUCGGACCACACUGGGGGCGAACCGUGGUUGUCGGCCUCGCCAGGCUGGGGGGCUACCCAGUGGGAGUGGUGGCAGAUGAUGCCAUGGUCAACUCCGGUGCGCUGGAUUCCGCCGGGUGCCAGAAACUGAUGAAGCAUCUCAAGUUGUGUGAUGUGUUCGGGCUCCCGGUCAUCCAGCUGGUCGAUAUCCCCGGGUUCGCUGUGGGGACAGUCGCCGAAAGGAGCGGCGUGAUGAAGUGGGGAACUGAGCUGUUCAAGGUCUAUCACACCACGACCAUUCCCAUAUUCUCAUGCAUCGUGCGAAGAUGCUAUGGCAUUGGAGGAGUCAUUCUCGCUGACAGUCGCGAUCCCGCCCCGAGAGUGGCAUGGCGAGUCAAUCCAUCCCUCCAUGAAGCAUCCAAGCUAACACGAUAUAGGCCAAGUCUCGAAUCAGGUUCCAUACCGCUCGACGGAGGCAUCGAAGUCAACCACGUCGCCGACCUCAGAAGAGCAGGCGACAACUUCAAGAACGUCUACCGGCAGCUCGAAGCCGAGUACAUCAACCUCCAGAACCCGAUACGCGUGGCCAACAAGUUCGGCGUCGAGGAGAUCAUCGACCCAGCCGACACGAGAAGCCUGAUGUAUACGUGGACCAAGCACAUGUACGAAUCUAACCUGCCCGAACGCCUCAUGCAGCGCGCCCAGGGGGUCAUCAAGCCAUCAUUUCGAUGA